GACCAUGGCAUUCACUUUCCGGUGUAGGCGGACGCUGCUGCUGCUCGCAGUUGCAGCAAGCUUGGUGGCAAGCAUUUCUGUCGCAGCAGACACAGGCAAGGCACCUCUCCGGGUUCUGGACACGGAAAUCCGAGAAUGUGCUCCAGUGCAGCAGCUCAGCGCCCUCAAGAACGAGCUGGAGGAAGCCCAGUCGCCCAUUAUGCGACAAGUCUUCGCAUGGCUUUUCCCCUUUGGCCCAGGCUGGAACUCCGUCCUUGGGACCUUCUACAUCAGCUCCGUUCCCAAUUUUAUCCUUGCCUUCAUCCCUGCGCAGAUAAAUCCUAAUACGUUGAAUACCAUGACCGCCUUUGCGACCGGCGGUCUGCUGUCUGACGUCUUUCUGCACCUCGUCCCACACUCUUUCAUGGGCGAGCACCAAGAAGGAGGCGUGCAUUUCGUGAUGGUGGAGGAAAAGCGCAAUAUAUUGAUUGGGCUCGGAAUCUUCGUUGGCUUCGCCUCGUUCUUCGUCAUGGAAAAGACCCUGCGCGUGCUGGGCGGCGGGGACGAAGACGCUGGGCACUCGCAUAGCCAUUCGCACGGCGAGAAGUCCGCCACCGCACACGCGUCUGGUGCAUCCGUAGCCCCCGCGUCUGGCGAUGUCCGGAACCGCGGCGCGGGCAAAGCAGAUGCGGAGCCCACGGAGCGUGAGGCAGAAGCGCAGGGCAAGCAGCCGUCCAAGCUCUCGGCGUACCUGAACCUCUUUGGCGACUUCGUGCACAACAUGAUGGCGGCGUCGUUCUAUUCGUCGCCUCUCAUUGGCGCGACGACGACGCUCGCCUGCUUCGCGCAUGAGAUCCCGCACGAGAUCGCUGACUACUCGAUCCUCGUCCGAAGCGGAUUCACGAAGAAGCAGGCCAUGCAGUCGCAGUUCCUGACUGCCAUAGGCGCGUUUGUUGGUACAUUUAUGGGUAUCGGCAUCCGGAAUCUGUCCGCAAUGUCUGGUUUGGAUGAAGAGGCGAUGGAUCUCGCUGCUGCGGUGCGCCAGACUGCCGCUGGCCUGCUCGGGACAACGGUUCAGCUAGCGGAUCUCGUCAUACCCUUUGUAGCGGGUGGAUUCAUGUACAUCGGCGCUGUCGCGGUGCUGCCCACGCUACUAGAGGAGAGCAAGAGCGGCAAGCAGGCGCUCCGCGAGUUCGCAGCCAUGGCCUUUGGAGUGCUCUGCAUGUUUUUUGUUGCAUGGAACGAGUAG